AUGAAUAAUCGUUUCGAAAAAUUUCAGCUUCUCCUGGCGAGGACCAUUCCCAGCUUGGCGCAGCAGAGCCGAGAACUCCAAGGAUUUACGGACCGUGGCAAAAGGCUCGAAAACAACGAGCCGCUCGCAGUACCCAGCAGAGCGCCGAAAGGAAAGGGGAAGCUCACGACCAUCAACCAGAAUGGAACCGUUAAGAACACCUUCAGUUUUGCGGUGCGCCAAUACAUCGAGCAGAGUGGUCUUUCCAGCAUCGGAUGA